GUUGCCUGAGUCUGGGGAGGCGGAGUAUGCAGACUGUCUGAACAAGCGCGGGGACAGACAGGAGCUAAUAUAAACGUGCUGCCCUUCACUCGGGGCUACCAGAGGCUAAGAAAACAGCGCUACCUCUGCCACACUGACCUCCGGCGCUUCCCAGAGACAGCGGGACUCUGGCCCAUGUAGAGCGACCAUGGCCACGCUGGAGGGCUGCCGCUGUCGAAACAACAACAGCAUCCUCUACAGCAUUUUGAAGAGUGACAGCCUUGCGACCGCCGAGGAGCAACAACAUCAACAACCACAACAACAACAUCCCCAACAACAAACAUUGCAACACUUGCUCCACAAGACCUCGUCCACGGCCGCCCCAGGCUCGCUGCAGGAGCUCCGGCAGCAGGCUUGUUCUUGCGGCUCGACGCGGCGCAGAGGUAUCCUCCGCUCUCCGCAGGUGACGUGCAAAGCCGCCUCGGCGGUUCUGGUGAAGACGCUGCGGUUCGUGAAAAACGUCCCCUGUUUUCGUGAGCUGCCAGAGGACGACCAGCUGACGCUGAUCCGGAGCGGCUGGGCGCCACUGCUCGUGCUGGGACUCGCGCAAGACCGGGUGGACUUUGAGACCACGGAGACCGUGGAGCCCAGCAUGCUGCAGCGCAUCCUCACGGGUCUGCCGGACAGGCAGAGCGAAGUGCUGGCCGACCAGAGCAGGGGGGCAGCCGGGGUCUCUGUCGUGGAUAUCGAAGCUAUCAAAGCCUUCCUGAAGAAGUGCUGGAGUGUAGAUAUCAGUACGAAGGAGUAUGCGUAUCUGAAAGGAGCUGUGCUGUUCAACCCAGAUGUGGAGGGUUUGCGCUGUCUCCACUACAUCCAGUCUCUGCGUCGGGAGGCGCACCAGGCUCUGAACGAGCACGUCAGGCUGAUCCACCGUGAGGACACGACGCGGUUCGCCAAACUGCUCAUAGCUCUGUCCAUGCUGAGGGCCAUCAGCCCGCCGGUGGUCGCGCAACUCUUCUUCAGACCCGUUAUAGGGGCCGUCAGCAUUGAGGAGGUACUCAUGGAGAUGUUCUACGGGAAGUAGGUCACAGUCCACAGUGGACUGGGGUGAAUUCAGCACAUUCCGCUGCCAGAUGGACUGAAUGGCUCCAAAGGUCGUACUGGGUAGGAGGUUAGGGCAGAUGAAGAGAGGAUAUUAGGGACUGAAUUUACAACUACUGUUUGUGGGAAAUAUUCAAGGACUGUGAAAUGACCAACACAGGCAACACAGUGUGUGUGUGUGUGUGUGUGUGUGUGUGUGUGUGUGUGUGUGUGUGUGUGUGUGUGUGUGCAUGAGAGAAAGUGUGUGUUGAAGGCAAGAGAUUUUAGGAAAAAGACAAAGCAGCUGAUGGAAUUAAUAACUUAUUUGUUUUUAUACAAACUAUUUUUCUAUAAUAAAAAAAAAUAAUACUCUGAA